CUGUUAAUUCAGGUAGGAGCAACACAGAGACAUUAAAACGUUUCUCUGCAGAAGUGAAAGUGAAAGUUGGUCAAAUUCAGAGAAAAUCCUCCGUUUCCUUCAAAGUGACUUUAUGAUUUUCUUCUCAACAGACUGAUACUGGGAGCGCCGGGAAGCCGGACCUGGUCCUUCAGAGCGGUUCUCCUCCAGAUCCGAUGGCUGAAAUGAUGAAUCCGCCGGGCCUGCUCAGCAUGCCCCGGAGCCCCACCUCUAGCGAGGAUGAGAUGGCCCAGAGUUUUUCUGAUUACUCUGACGACGGCGCCUCCGACAGCUCCCGGGAGGAAACCAUCUACGAGACGAUAAGAGCGACCGCCGAGCCGCCGCAGAACCACAUGGACGACCUCCAGUCCAACUCGCUGGUGAUCCGGGUCCUCAUCCCCGACCUGCAGCAGACGAAAUGCAUGCGGUUCAACCCGGACGCGACGGUCUGGAUCGCCAAACAGCGCAUCCUGUGUUCGCUCAACCAGACCCUGAAGGACGUCCUGAACUACGGACUCUUCCAGCCGGCGAGCAACGGGAGGGACGGCAAGUUCCUGGACGAGGAGCGCCUCCUCCGGGAAUACCCACAGCCAAUCAGCAAGGGCGUCCCCUGCCUGGAGUUUCGCUACAAGAGCAGAGUCUACAAACAGCCCAACAUUGAUGAGAAGCAGAUCGCCAAACUUCAUACAAAGGCCAACCUGAGGAAGUUCAUGGACCUGAUUCAGCAGAACCAGGUGGACAAGGUGGGGAAGCUGCUGGAGCGAGGCCUGGACCCAAACUACCACGACGGUGAUACUGGUGAGAGCCCGCUGACGGCGGCGGCCCAGCUGGACAACGGCGUGGAGAUGAUCAAGGUUCUGAAGAACGGAGGAGCUCAUCUGGACUUCAGGGCCAAGGACGGCCUGACCUCCCUUCACAAAGCCGCGCGCGCCAAGAACCAGCUCAUCCUCAUGACGCUGCUGGAGCUGGGAGCGUCUCCAGACUAUAAGGACAGCCGCGGCCUGACGCCGCUCUACCACAGCGUGGUGACGGGCGGAGACCCCGGCUGCUGCGAGCUGCUGCUCAGCCAGCAGGCCUCUGUCUGCUGCCAGGACGAGAACGGCUGGCACGAGGUCCACCAGGCCUGCCGCCACGGCCAUGUGCAGCAUCUGGAGCAUCUGCUGUUCUACGGAGCGCUGAUGAGCGCGCAGAACGCCUCGGGGAACACCGCCCUGCACAUCUGCGCCCUCUACAACCAGGAUAACUGUGCCAGAGUGCUGCUGGUCCGUGGAGCUGACAAGGAAGUGAAGAACUACAACAGCCAGACUCCAUUUCAGGUGGCCAUUAUUGCAGGAAACUUUGAGCUCGCCGAACUCAUCAAGAACCACAAAGACUCUGAUAUAGUGCCUUUCCGUGAGGCCCCAGCCUACUCCAAGCGCCGGCGGGGUCCGUCCUCUGGCAGCGGGAACGGCCAGUCCCCGUCCUCGCUGUCGGCGCCCCGGGUCCUCCUGCGCUCCAACAGCGACAACAACCUUUCUGUGAGCCAGUACCAGCAGCAGCAGCACGGUUCCCCUGGAAACUGGGCCCCCCAUCUGCAGCAGCACCAGAGCCACCAACACCGGGCCCCCCAGCAGGGCCACGCGCAGCCUGGCUCCUCUGCUUUGCACCGCAGCCUGUCCCCCCAGCUGGUCCAGCAGAUGCCCAGCGGCAGCCCCAAUGGCAACGUGGUGGUCCGCACUAUGGGGCGGGGGGCCAGGAGCCGCUCCCCCUCCCUCAGUCGGCUGGGCGAGGAGAGCCGGCGGGCUCAGACCGCACAGCGGCAGCCCAGCCCCAGCGCUCACGGCGAGGCGCUCGGCCCCAGGAGGAAGCUGUACAGCGCCGUUCCAGGCAGACACUUCGUGGUGGUUCGCUCUUACUCCGUCCAGGCAGAGGGAGAGAUCAACCUCUACAAAGGCGACAGGGUCAAAGUUCUGAGCAUCGGAGAGGGGGGCUUCUGGGAGGGCAGCGCCCGCGGUCAGGUGGGCUGGUUUCCGUCCGACUGCGUGGAGGAAGUCCCGGCCAAGGCCACCGAGGAACGGACCUAUUCCCGAGCGGACCGGGCCGACAGACGGAAACUCUUCAGACAUUACACCGUUGGAUCGUACGACAGCUUCGACGCCUCCAGUGACUGCGUGGUGGAUGAGAAGACGGUGGUGCUCCAGAAGAAGGAGAAUGAGGGCUUCGGCUUCGUCCUGCGCGGGGCCAAAGCCGACACGCCCAUCGAGGAGUUCACGCCCACGCCGGCCUUCCCGGCGCUGCAGUACCUGGAGUCGGUGGAUGAGGGCGGUGUGGCCUGGCAGGCGGGGCUCCGGACGGGCGACUUCCUGAUCGAGGUGAACCAGGAGAACGUGGUGAAGGUGGGCCACAGGCAGGUGGUCAACAUGAUCCGCCAGGGAGGAAACCGGCUUCUGAUCAAAGUGGUGACGGUGAGCCGGAACCUGGACCCCGAAGACACGGCGCGCAAAAAAGCUCCUCCGCCGCCGAAGCGAGCCCCGACCACCGCCCUGUCCAUGCGCUCCAAGUCCAUGACGUCAGAGCUGGAGGAACUCGUGGAUAAAGCCACACUAAGGAAAAAGAAAGGUGAUGUGCAGAAGAAGAGGAUUGUUUUCCAAGUGACUCUAAAUAAAGUGGAAGAGAUGACGCACGCCCAGAAGAGCUCACCUGUGGACACCAAGAUCGCCACCAUCAAACCUCGGCCCUCCAGUCGCUGCCUGGUCACUCCCACUGACAUGAAUUCCAUGUAUCACGACCGCCAGGGAGUAGCAGUGGUGCCGCCCACUGUGCCGGGAGCCUACCUGGGGAUCCCAGAGAAGGGCACCAUGAGGAAGCAGAAGUCUAUAGGUACAUCGGAGGAUGAUAAACAGGGACUCCUUACGCCUCCCCUGCUCAAGUUCUCCCGGAGCCUCUCCAUGCCUGACACCUCAGAGGACAUCCCGCCUCCCCCAGCGAUUUCUCCCCCUUCACCACCUGCCUACAACUCAGCUCCCGGACCUACAGCCAAGAACUACGGCACCACUCGGCCGAGCUUCACCCAGAACUCGCCCAACGCCGUGACGACCAUCAGCCGGACCACCGAUGUCGGCAGGUUACGGCGUGGAUAUUUCCGGCAGAGCUCUGAGCAGUUUGAGAGCACGCGCACUAGAGGGCGCACACCUGUACCCGAGAACCCUUACUCCGAAGUCGGCAAUAAGACCCUAUAUGUGCCAGCGAAACCAGCUAGAAGGAAGGGAAUGCUGGUGAAGCAGCCAAAUGUUGAGGACAGUCCAGAGAAAACGUGUCAUGUGCCAUCUAGUCCCUCAGGCCCGGUUUCCAUGCCCACCACACCCGUCGAAAGGACCUGCUCCUCCAUCCCCAUACCCACCAUCAUCGUUAAAGAACCUUCCACCAGCAGCAGUGGCAAAAGCAGCCAGGGUAGCAGCAUGGAGAUUGAGCCCACUACGCCAGAACAUCCGCCUCUGACGCCCACCGUCGCUGGGAGUGGAGGGUUGCGUCCUGAGGACCCAAUGUCGCUUACCAACCCGUUCGCAGCAGCUAUUGCCGGAGCGGUGCGCGACCGUGAGAAGAGACUCGAGGCCAAGAAGCAUUCGAUCGCUUUCCAGUCAAUAGACAUAGGAGAUGAUGAAAUGAGUGGCCCUGCACCGACCCCUCGUCUUCGCCAGUCCAAGUCCAUCGAUGAAGGCAUGUUCAGCAGCGAUGAACGCCUCCGACGGAUAUUGGCUCCUCCUUCUGCAGUGCAGCUUGGCCCCCCUGUUGGGGGUGGCAGUGGAAAUAUGACAGAUUUCAACACGCCUGAGCCCACAGUGGUUCGGGAGCCUCUGAACACCAGAACAGGCCAGUGUCCGAAUCUGGACAGUCCAGUUAGUCUCCCAGCCACGCCUCCUAAGAGCCACUACAAGGCUAACGGGACCUACCUCCAUCCUGUCACCGGUAAACCUUUGGACCCGAACUCUCCUCUAGCUCUGGCUUUGGCAGCUCGUGACCGGGCCAUGAAAGAGCAACAGAACCACCCUCAGAAUCAGCCAAUAAAUCCUCCUCAGGUUCAGCAAACCUCCAAGCACGAAGCCCAGUCCCUGCCACUCCAGCAGAGUCACAAACCGGACCUCAACCAACCGCUUUUCAUCGACACCAAAUUACGCUCGGGGAUUGAGACCAGCUUCGCAGCGAUCUCCUCGGCCACCAUGGGGCGGCCGGGUCGAGGUGGCCUCCGGCGACAGAUGACAGAGCAGAAGUACGAAUCUGACGGCGCGCGGGAACAGCGGCAGCAUCAGACUGUCGAGGAGAGGAAAAGCGCGCCAGCAAACGUGGCAGACUUGUCGCAGCCCAAGUCAACUGGGCUGUUGAUGGUCCACACGAGCACAGACACGACGAACAACAAGACGAACAACCAGGAGGUGGAGGUGCAGGAGAGCAACCGGCCCUCUGAGCUGAAGGAUCCUAACCAGCCUGACCCUCACAAACUCCCAACCCUGAUGUCCAACCCUCAGCAAGCUGCUUCACGGAGAAGAAGUGUUCCUUUAGGAGAAUCUUUGGAAGAACCAGUGAAACUGCCCUUCCGCAUCCCCCCUCCACCGCUAGCAUCAGUCGACAUCGAUGAGGAAUUUGAAUUUUCAGAGCCUCUUCCCCCACCGCUGGAGUUUGCAAACAGUAUCGAUAUUCCUGAUGACCAGGCCAGUGCCAUUGCAGAGAUGAUUCAGCAACAGAGACGGAAUGGAGGACCUGCUUUACCCCCUUACCAUCCACACGCCCCUCCAUCUGUCAGUGAUCACCACAAACGCGUGUUAAACAACAUGCCCCCCUCCUACCAUCCAGCUCCGCCUGAUGCAGAGUCCGGCGUGGCGGAUUCUGGCAUCGAGGAGGUAGACAGCCGCAGCAGCGGAGAUCCUCAGCACAUGGAAACCACCAGCACCGUCUCCAGCAUCUCCACCCUGUCAUCAGAGGGAGGAUUCUGCGACAGCACUUUGGAGAGUCUCUACGCCACCGCGGACGGACACGCCUUCCUGGUGGACCGGCCUCCUGUCCCACCCAAACCCAAGGGCAAGUCCGUCAUCAACAGAACAUCGCUUUAUCACGACGCUCUCAUUGAAGAGCCUCCUGAGUCUUACGGGUCGCCGCCUCAAGCGCCUCCCCUGCCCCCUUCAUCUUCUGAGCCCCCUAGGACUCCUUCACAAAGGACAUCCAAGCUGUGGGGCGAUCAGCCCCCCGAGCUACGCAGCCCCCCAUCCACGCCAGACUCCAAGAACACGGUGAUUACUGAGCUCAGCUCCAUCCUGCAGCACAUGAACAGGCCGACCAAGCCAGGAGACGGACUCGACUCCCCCACUGCCACCAGAGGGGGCUUCACAUCCAGGCCCCCCCCAGACGACUCAGGAAUGCGUAACAGCGGCGCGGCGGCGGCGCUCAGCUCCACGCCUCCCAGCAGCCUCCCGUCGCAGGCGAACCCCUGCAGCCCGCCGGACUCCGCCUCCUCGCUCACGCCCUGCUCCUCGCUGCCCCCCUCCGUGUCGCCCACCCUCACCGACGUCUUCGGCCUGCCCACGCCCCCUAUGGGCAGCGGCGGUGGCUACAGCCUGAGCUCGUCGUGCGGCGGCAGCGGCAGCUCGCGCUCGCCGUCGCCGCUCACGCUGAUGCAGGCGGUGGCGGCGUCCGGGAAGCCGUUCGCCUCCAAACCCGUGGAGCUGUGGAGCAAACACGACGUGGCCGACUGGCUGGACAGCCUGAACCUGGGCGAGCACAAAGACGCCUUCCUGGACAACGAGAUCGAGGGCGCGCACCUGCCGUCGCUGCAGAAGGAGGACCUGAUAGACCUGGGCGUGACCAGAGUGGGCCACCGUAUGAACAUCGAGCGCGCCCUGAAGCUGCUGCAGGACAGAUAGACCUCCCAGCAGGCAGGGGGCGACGUGCGCACAGCUCCCCUUCACGCUAGCUGAAGCUGCCUCUUGCUGUUGUUGUCCUCUCAUCCUGCGUCGCCGCCCUCAUCUCAGAGCUUCGGUUUGUCCGCCCCCUCCUCCCUGCCGCCCUGGGCGACCGCAGGGAGCGCGAAGGGGACCGGCGGCCCGUCUGCCGGUUUCUGGAAUAUUUUGAACUCUGGAAAUAUAAAAUCUGAUUGGUGUGGAGGUUCCUGUGCUCUCCCCGCCUCGCUCUGGAAUACCGAGACGUUUUCCGUUCUCCUGGAGUCGGUGUGAGAAGAACCAGCUGAGCUGGUCCACGCUCCUUUUCUAUCUUUGCUAGUAUUUCUUCAGAGAAUAUUUCUUCACUAGAGUCCUAACGGAGUUAUAUUUCUGGGUGCGGCUGGAGGAGAACUUCUGGAGACAAACUCCGUCUUCUGUUGCUUUUCACCUGUUUGUGUCAAAACUAGAACAUCAGCUGAGACAUUUAGCCAACAGUCACCGUCCACAGAGUUCAUGCACCGUGGAGAUUCACACUUAGCUUUCACUCACAGCAUGCUCACACACACACACACACACACACACACACACACACACACACAUAUGGAUGGUGUUUUAGCUCCUGAAUAGUGUGGAGAACAAAAUCAGGAUGUAGGGAAACCUGAGGUGAGGACAUGAGGAGGACUGGACCUCCAACACGUCCUUGUUUGUACUUCACUUUUCCUUCCUGCACCGUGUGUGUGUGUGUGUGUAUGUGUGUUUGUGUGCGUGCGCCUGUGUGUGUUACUUUUUGACCCAGAAAUCCUUGUGACCCGUUUAGCUAUUUUCAUAAAUCUGCUAUAUAGGCCACAGUUUAGCAGAAGUAGAACUUUUUGUGCCUCACUCGGUCGGAUCUGUUCCACCUCACCAGUAACGGGUCAGCACUGGGAGCACUGGGAGCCACCGCCAUGCUGCCGUGUCGCACACCUGUGCACAGGUCGUUUGAGUCCAGGUCUGAUGAAAAUGGUUCAGGAAACAUUUUGGGAAAUACACAGGUUUGUUUCUGGAUUUAUGAUCAACUGAUAAAUUUAAAAAUAUCAAUAUUUGUCUUUUACAUAAAUAUCUGUGUCUUUAUAAAAUCUAAGUUCUCCACCACAUCAUUUUAAAACAAAACACAGGAUUGUAUUUCAUCCACAAAUUCGCCCUGAGUGUUUGAAAUAUGCCAAACCCCUAGGGGGCGGUGUAGCACAAACUGAAACCAACGUCAGCCAAUCAGAAGCCUUCAAAACAACCACAACUUCCUGUUAGGGAUUAAACAUGGCGCCAGCAGGUCCAUUUAUCAGGACCGAUGUACGAAGUGAAGAACCUUUAAAUAGUGUCGAGUGUAACGUUUAUAAAAUACAAGAGAAUUUAUUUUGGGAAUCGUAUCAAUAUAUUGACGCAUUAUUGAUCACAAUCUGUGAUCAACAGGAGUUUUCAUCGUAGAGUUUGUUUUAGUGUGGAUUAAAGGUUAAAAGUUGUUUUCCUGUAAUUUGGCUUCGUGUUGAUUCGGCCUGAGAAUAAAACACAACAGGUUCUGAAUAAAGAGGUUCUGAAUAAAGAGGUUCUGAAUAAAGAGGUUCUGGUCCGCUGAGAGAGACAGAAACAAACUGGACUGAAGCUGAUGAAGCUAAUUUAGCAUCUUAUCUGUCUAGUUAGAAAUACAUUUUAUAAAACAUGCCACUGGUUGAAUUCAUUUGAUGAAGUAACUUUCAUUUUGCCAGCUAAAACAUUUCAUCAUUAUUUAGAGGGACAGUUUGCUUCAGCUAAAAUAAGAUAAACUAUUCAAUUUGUUUUUCAUCUAAAAACUCUUACUGAGGUUAAAACUUCAUUUCGACAGAGAAAAAGUUACUAAAUAAAUAACUGCCAUAAACCUUAAUGAAAUGAAAGGAUUAAAAAAUAACAGGAUUUUAUUCAGGUUGGUUUCUGAUCGCUGCAUUAAUCCACGACAAAACAAUCAGUUUGAUUAUGUGACCGACUAUCGAUGUUAAUCAAUGACUAUAAUUAUUACUACUUAUGAUUUCUUACAAUAGAAUAAGCACAAACAAUAUUAAACAUUUUACACAGUUUAUAGGGGAAAUAUUUAAAAUUUGUGGGACCUUAAUUUAUCUUGGCAAAGAAAAUCUCAGUUUAACUGAAAAUUGUUCUAAGUAAAAAUAUAAUAAUUGAAAGAGAAAAAGGGUUAUAAUGCACAAAGUGUUAAUUUUUAACAUUCUACAGGAAGUCAAGGUAAAAAUAACAAAAAUUAUGAAUUUAUUGUAAAACAAACAUAAAAUGUGUUUAAAUUUAAAAGCUAACUCAAGUUUAAAAUUCAUUCAUUCACAAAAGAAACCAGUUUGUCUAAAAAGAUCCAAUCAGACCAAAGAGUGUUUUUCCCAAAAUGUUGCAUCUGGAUCCAGUUCUGUUGGACAUAAAAUAAUAAAACCUAUUAUAAAAAAUAUUUAAGCACAUACAAAAACACUUUAGGAGAGAAAAAUAAUAUUUUUAUUUCACAAAAUGACUGAAACUUUUGUGCACUGCUGUCAGAUUAGAGAUUAAAAACUGGAGCUGAAGGUUUAUUAAACGUAGAAAUAAGAAGACGAGCAGAACGUCUUUAAAACGUUCUGCCUGUUUCCAGUUGGACUCAAAUUGAGCCUUGAGUCCGUUUCUGAUCCGCCGGACGGUUCUUCUCCCUGUGAGGUCAGAAUUGAGUCUCUGAAACUCGGCUGGAGUUUGGAGUUUAACCGUAUUUAUGAAGCUGAAGGUUGUUGUGUUUGUAUAUAAGAGUGUUUAACGGGAUAAAAGUGUCUGUUUGAGUCUGUGUAUAAUCGGUGAAGAAGGAAGUCCAUGAGGGUAGAUUUCUAGCUGCAGGGCCGACCUGAUGACCAAAGCCCCGGCCCGCCCCCGGCCCGCGCCCCGCCCUGUGCAUCAUCCGGCAGAGGAUGCCUUAAAAAGCUUGCUGCUCCCUUCCUCCACCCAGCUCCUCCAUCCGGGCACGCUACCCGCUCUGACCCGUCUUCGUCGGCUCCAUCUCGCAGCUUUUCUUCAGGAGACAGACAUCCACAACCCGUGUGUUCUGUGAACAUCAGCCGUACGGUGGCUGGCGAGGGACAAUGCUGCUAAAAUCCUGUUUUCAAACUCACAGCGGCGUGCUGGAGGGGGUAGAAAAGCACAGUAUUUUUAAAGAUUUGUAUAGAGUUCUAUGAAAUUUUAUAGAGGUAUUCUGAACAAAUACUGUUCAACACUGAUGCUUGGAUUGCCAAAAACAGAAAUAAUAUAUACAUAGAUUAAAAUGUGGAUUAUUAUUAUUAUUAUUAUUAUUAUUAUUAUUAGAUUUAUGGGUUAUGUAAGAAGCAAUAUUUAUUCUGAAUGAAUCUCCUUGGUUGUGUUUUAUUUUUUCCAUUUUCUCACCCAUCAGUGUUUUAAUGACGUGUUGCCUAAAGUAGAAAACACUCUGCUGCAGUAGAUUUAAGAUAUUUCUGGCCAAUCAAGUGUUUUCUGACAAACACCAUCUGCCUGAGUAGAGCGCCCCCCUCAGCGCAGAGCGUGUAGAAACUGAGGGAAGCGUGUACAUUUUGACCCCUGACCCUGCAGGCCGCGCCCGUAGAAACCUGUAUGAAAACCUUUGUGUGUCAAAAUAAAUCCACCUUAAACGAUAAGCGGUGGCUGCAGUUUUCUCUGUGGAAACGUAGAGCAGAGUAGAUUUAGUAGGAAUCUUCAUCACCCCCCCCCCUCCCCCCCACUUCUCCCACCUUCAUCAUCGUCAAACAUUCAGGUAACUUUUAGUUUCUCUUCCUUUAAUUUCCCAUGAAUAGAUUUUAUUCUUUAAGUCUUCAUAGAGACUAAGAUGUUUUGGUAAUUUGUGCAGAAGACUUGUGUUCAUGUUUUCUAUGUUGCUGUAAUUUUGUGCUACUGAAUCAUCAUAGAGUCUAAUUACUGAAACGAAAAGAGAGAAAUUUCCUGUAAAAGCACUCUACUUCCUCCCCCUUCAAUUCCUCAAGGUUUCUUGUAUGGCAACCAAAAGUCACUGUAAGAAAUAAAUAUAAUAUUGCACUAGA